UUUUUACCCUUCGCCACUGUUUUACUGGAUUCCGAUUCUUAUCUGCUAUAUUGAACUUAGUGUCCUUUUACCGGAUUAAUGGUCCUCGCUAACAAUUUGAGUACUAUGGCUUUUUUGACAGGCAGAUGGGGCAGCUCUUUAUGAUGGGCUUUGAUGGAACGUCCGUUGAUCCUCAGAUUCGCUCUCUCAUUGAGGAUUAUCACCUGGGCUCGAUCCUACUGACUGCCAAGAAUUUGAAAUCUGCAGAAGAUGCCACGCGACUAGUCCUCGAGCUCCAGACAAUCGCUCGGGAUGCCGGUCAUCCGGUGCCAUUACUCAUCGCCUUGGACCAGGAAAAUGGAGGUGUGAACAGUCUCUACGAUGAAAUCUACAUCCGACAAUUUCCCAGCGCAAUGGGAAUUGCUGCAACGGGCUCUAAAUCUCUCGCCCGUGAUGUCGCUGUUGCAACUGCCCAAGAACUGAAGGCUGUAGGAAUCAACUGGAUUCUGGGCCCCGUGCUAGAUGUCUUGACCAACGUACGAAGCCAACCCUUAGGGGUUCGUACCACGGGUGAUGAUCCCCAAGAGGUAUCGCACUACGGAGUGGAAUUCAUGAAAGGUUAUAAGGAAGCAGGGUUGGUGACAUGUGGCAAACAUUUCCCGUCAUACGGUAACCUUGAAUUUCUUGGAUCCCAGUCAGACGUCCCUAUCAUCACCGAGUCGCUAGAACAGCUCAGUUUGAGUGCACUAGUUCCAUUUCGAAACGCCAUACUCCAUGGAAUUGAUUCCAUGAUGGUGGGAGGCGUUUCCAUGUCGUCUGCUGGGUUUCACGUGAUGCAUGCUUGCCUGAGUGAGCAAGUUGUCGAUGAUCUGUUGCGCAAGAAGAUGAAAUUUGACGGUGUGGUAGUUUCAGAAUGCCUGGAGAUGGAAGCACUCACUCAUAAUAUUGGGGUGGGUGGUGGGACAGUCAUGGCAAAGAAGGCGGGCUGCGACAUCGUUCUUCUCUGCAGGUCAUUCCCAGUGCAGCAGGAGGCGAUCACUGGAUUAAAGCUUGGUGUGGAGAAUGGUAUCAUUGGCAGAGCUCGCAUAGAACAGUCAUUACGCAGAGUUUUGAGCAUGAAGGCGAAAUGCACCUCCUGGGAACUCGCUCUCAAUCCUCCGGGUCUUUCCUCACUCACCCAGAUGCAACCUUCCCAUACCACUCUUUCCACUAGAGCGUACAACAGCUCUAUCACUGUCGUUCGAGAUAAGAAAACUCUUUUACCCUUGUCCAACAUCAUUGAGCCCAGUGAAGAAUUGUUGCUUCUGACCCCAUUGGUCAAGCCAUUACCCGCUUCUGCAGUGUCUCGCUCAGUCACCGAGCACCUGAAUUUAUCUAUUGAGCCCAUGACAUGGGACCGGACUUCCUCUGUGUUGAGUGGUGAGAGUGUCUUCAAGGAACUAGGGAGGUCACUAUCACGGCAAAGAAAUGGGCGUGUUUUGCAUACCUCCUACACAGCCAAUGGCGUCCGCCCGAUCCACGAAAACUUGAUAGACCGGGCCAGUGCGGUCAUCGUAGUCACUGCAGAUGCUAACAGAAACCAAUACCAAUAUGGCUUUACUAAGCACGUAUCUAUGAUUUGUCGGUCGCAGUUCACGCCUUCCGGCGAAUCUCGCGAGAAGCCUGUGAUCGUUAUUGCUGCCAGUUCACCAUACGAUUUCGCAAUGGAUCCCUCCAUCGGGACUUAUAUUUGCACCUAUGAUUUUACGGAGACGGCUCUAGAGGCACUAGUUAAGAUUCUUUACGGGGAGAUAAUCCCCAUGGGCUCAUUGCCAGGAUCCAUUAAUCGCAGCCAGAAGCUCCAUCAAGCAAGACAGCACUGGCUGGUGGAGAAUUGGAACGAAGAACGGGACUCGCAUGCUUUGGAUUCCCUCUUAGAUGCGGUGAGAGAGGACUGUACUCAGGCGCAACGCUCAGAACUGCUGGGUGUGACGUCUUGCAGCUUCCUUCUGCGGAGAGAAGAAAUUGAUGAAGCUCAUUUUGUUGUACGAAAUAGCAGUACCCAAGCCCUGUACGGUUUCUGCUCGACAUACUUCUUUCGGUCCACAGGCACGGGCGUCAUUGGGGCCUUGAUUGUCGACCCGGCAAGACGGAAGCUAUCAAUUGGGGCUUCCCUCCACAACCGCGCUAUCCGAACACUCCUCCAACGAAAAGGUGUCAAGAGGUUUCAGCUAGGCUCUCGCUUGCCGGGGAUAUAUCUAGGUAUUCCGUCUGCAAACCCUGUCGAGAGGAAGAAGCUUCGGCAAUGGUUUGCAAAUUUAGGAUGGAACACAGCCCUCUCGCGGCCCGUUUGUAGUGUGGUGUUGCGCAGCUUGUCAUCUUGGAAGCCGCCAAAUGUACUCAUCCAAGGACUGCAGAAUGCGGAUGUGAUCUACGACCUCGUAUAUGGAUGGGAUUAUGCAGACACAAUCCUUGACCAUAUCAAAACUAAUUCUAGACAAGGCGUCAUAGAUAUCUAUAAGGUAGCCCUUGGAGGAGCGCCUAAUUGCGGGAUUAUAAGGGCUACGCGUCCUGGUGAUGGGGCAAUCCUAGGUAGCGUGGUCAUUUACAACGGACGAGCUACCUUGGCGGAGCAUAUGCCUGCCCUGAAAGCCAUGCAUUCGUCCACGGGGGGCAUUUCUUCCCCAGUUAUAUCACCCUCCGUGGGUGAGUAUGCCACAGUAAUGCAGGGGCUGAUUUUCAUGGGAAUCAAACAGCACCGUAAACAGGGUGCUGAUAGCGUCAUUAUGGAUUGUGUUGAUGGUGACAGCAAUUUCGACAGUCUAUCCGGAAUAAUGGGUUUCAGUACGCUACACAGCUUUGAGGAAGUUAACUGUGACGCUGCGACCUGGACAAUGAUGACCGCGUCUUAGAAGAUUCCCCUUUCUUUCUUUUUUUUUUUUUCCAUACGUCUUUCUUUUCUUUUCUUCCCCCCUGACUUCCACCUCUCUUAUUGUUUGGACAGUUUGGGCAGUUCGAGGCCAUAUGAUAUCCACUAUGUACUGGUUUCUGUUACUAGAAGCUUUCUUGGGUUUCCACUAUCUUGUAGCUCCUGGAAACUAUUUCGUUUUAGUAUAUGUUUAUCUAAUUGACUCUAUAAAUUUGGAAGAUCCCUUACUCUUCGGAGAUUUGUUUCAGUGUUUGAAGGAUGAUACGAUGGGUCCUCAUGUACGAGUACAUAUCCAAUCAAUCUUUCAAGCUCAGGUUUCGACAGUCCAAGGGAUACAGGGGAAUUUUGCGGAUGAAGUUAGAUGGAUGCCUAGAGAGCAAAGCAGAUCGGAUUUCGGAUGAUCCACGCGCUGUCUGGUAUUGGCGCAGGAACACGAAUGCGGGCCUUGAUUAGCAGGUGGAGAGCGAGUUGGUUAGAG